GAGGUAUACGAGGGGUCCCUGGAGCAGCAGACGACGGCCAGCUGACAGAUGUCAACACUUGAUAACACUCACCACACAUGAAGCUCAGCUUGAACAGCUGCAGUGUUUGAGUGGGAGAGAAGGCCUUCAAGCAGGCUGCAUGUGUUGUGAUCAUCUAAUAUACGCCACAAGAACACACAAGACACGUGUAAAAUAACUUGGGUUGCAUGAAACAGCAUGAGCCGCCGGGCCAGACCACGUCAGCUGCAGGUCAUCACACCUGAGGAAGAACUGGAAAAUCUCAGAAAUGAAGUUGGUGUUUUACGUCGUGCUGUGGAGAGCAAGAGUGCAGCAGUUGGGAUUCUUCGAGCAGAACUCCAGGAGUGUCAGAAAGAAAGGGAUAAAUUUCGAACAUUAGCUGAACAAGGAACAUUGCACCGGUCAUUUUCUUCUGCUUUGAAGCCAGCAUAUUCUGACCCAUGUCGAUCAGCAAUGCUGAGUGGAUCGGAUGGUACUCUUGCACAGCUGCUCUCACAGUCCAAGGAGGAAAAUAAGAUACUGCGACAGGAUGCCACCGAACUGCGUUGUAAGCUGCAUGAUGCUCAAGCUGAUAUAAAGGUCUUACGUGAGGAGGUGCAGCGGUCACGAGGUGACGAGGGUAGGAGGAAAAGCCAUAUUCACACCACUAUGAGUCAUCUGGCUCAUCAGGAGCGAGAACAGUUCAUAUCACAGAUGGAGGAGCUUAGUGUUAAAUGCCAAGCUCUGGAGGGAGACGUGCGAGGCCUGGUGGAAGAACGAGAGGAGCUGGUGAGGGAGUUAGAUGCCUCUUCACAUAAACUCCAUCGCCUCAACUACAUUCUUAAUACAGUUCUGUCCAGUAUCUCAGCUGCCGCACCAACCCCUCCAAAACGUAUCAUAGAUCUUGAUGCCAUCAUAACAGAAAACAGAUACAUACAACAACGUCUGAAACAGUCGGAAGAAGAAAAAGCCUUAGCAAAAAGUAAUGCCUCAAAAUAUAAGGCUGCACUGGAGAAGUGUCGCUCACAGGGCUCACUCAAACUUGGCACCUCACACAGCCUCAUAGUUACACCACAACAAGUGGGCGAGUUGCUUCAUGACUACCGUGGGGAAGUGGGAGGUGCAGCAGAGAGUGAUCUGAGGUCUCUGUGUGUAGCACUUGUUGAUGCUCUUAACCAGCGAUCUCGAGCAUUACGAACCCAACGCUCGGCCAAUAAAGUUUUGGUGGGAAGAAUAUCAGAGCUGGAAAGAAGAUUGUCCACAAUUGUAAGCCUUGAAGAGAUGAAAAUGGAUGAGCCAGGUGCAAGUACAGUUACUGUAGCAGCGGAACUAAAGCUAGCCUCGCUGGGCCUCAUGGAUGGUUACACUCCACCAGCAGGACCAAUAACAAGGUAUAAUGAAGAGAAGGUCAUUCAUGACCCUCGGGUUGCAAAAUUUGUUUGUGUAACAAGUUUAGGACAGGAUCCAAGAGAAAGAAAGUGUAAUGAAGACUUAAAUAAUGAGAAUUUAAAUGGUAAAUGUGAUGACAGUUUACAAGAUAACAGUAUUGCAAAUGGAGAAAGUUUAGGCAGAAACUGUGAAAAUAUCUUAGAUGUUCCAAAUACUAAAGUAAAAUUAGAUGCUGCAAGUAGUUCCUUAAAUGAUGUUUCAAUAGUACCUAACGAUAACACAGCAGCAGCAACAGGGGUCGAACGCAAUGGUGAAUAUGAAACAGCAGCACAUGCAGGUGAGGAGGAAACCAUUAUUAACCAACACAGGAAAGCAGUGCAAGGUACAGUGUGUGACAAUGAAGAAGAAAUAAUACCAGAGAACACUGUUACAUCUGAUGGGCCAAGGAAUAGAUCUUUAAUAACUAAUGUGACUAAAGCCGGUAAAACUACUGGAAGCAAAGGAUUGUUAGCAGUUAAUGGUGUGUCUUCUAAGGAAACAAAUGCACAGAAUAUCCACGAGACAAGAAUGUCGACGUACGUAAACCCUGAGGAUGAACUUGAAGAAAUAAUACCAAUUGACCAAUUGGACUCUUAUAUAAGAGAAGUCCAGCUUAGGAGAAAAUUGAUAAGCAAUAAACUCAAAGAAGACAAAUCAAGCAGUGACCUGAGUGAUGCCUCAAUUGCUUCUAGCAAAACUGAGGAGAAUAAAAUUGUUUCAGAAGAUUCUGAAGUAAGUAUUGAGCCAACUAGAGGGGUAGACCCUUUAAAUACACUGGGAGUAAAAGCUGAUGCGAGUAAAAAUGAAGACGAGGAUGAUAGUAGCUUUGACCUUAACAUAAGUGAUUACGAUAGUGAUAAUGAUAAUCUUGAUGUAGCUCUACAAGAAUGGCAAAAUGAUUUUGGUAAAGGCAAGAUGAAGCUCAAAGGUAGUCCCACAAAGGAUUCAAAAGUUAAGAGAGCCAGUGGAAAGGAAGUUUUCAAUUUGUGGCUAAAGGAUUCCUCACCUGAAGCACAGUUGCCACCUGCUCUUAAGGAACUAUUGGACCGAGCUACUGGCACCUUAGACGACGAGGUGGAUUGUACCUAAAUUUGUCUUGGUGUAUAAAAUGUAGCUACACUAACUUUUGCACACAAUUUAUAUUUUGACUUAAUCUCAAAGGGAUUAAUCUCAAAUCUUAAUCUCAAAAUUGCAAUGCUUGCAAUGUUUUGGUGUAAACUUACUUGGAUUAAGUUAUUAUUGUAAUGCACUUAGUAUAAGAAGAUUGAAGAUAAUUUUAUUUAAAUUCUUGGUAUAAAUUUAAGAAGAAUGCCACGGCAAGAGUUACUUAGCAUUGCAAUGAUAAGAAUUUUAAAUAUAUAACAAAAUUGUAAGGACGGGUAGCAGUGAGGGUGUAAAACAAAUUUCCUGCUGAAUGUGGCAAGGUAUUUGAUGAAUAAAUGCCAGUUAUGCAACAAGAAACUUGGGAGACUAAAGAAAAAGGGAAGUAUCAUGGGAAUUCUCUCUGUGAAGGAAAAUAAAAGUACAAUAACCAGUAAAUAAAGAAGGCUUGCUAAAGGCUUCAGCAAAUACAAAGUAUGCAUUAACAAAUUGUAGGAGCUGGUAUAGUAUAAAAGUAAGUGUCAUGUAAUUGAGGGAUAUUUUAAUUAAACUCUGCAAGGAUUAUUGCAUUGCACUGAGAAAUAUGUUCCAUGCUAAUUUAUCUGCUGACUGAAUUGUUUUUUGUGUGUGGACCCCCCUUUGUGGCUCCCUGAACCUACUACUACUGCUGAUAAGUGUUAACCACUCCCUGGUGAUGAUAUCAAGGAUCAAUGUCCCUGUGGUCCGGUCCCCGACCAGGCCUCCUGGUUAAUGGUCUGAUCAACCAGGCUGUUCGAUGCAGCUGCCUGCAGUCUGACAUGAUUCACUGCCUGGUUGAUCAUAUAUCAUUUGAAGAUGUUUGUAAAGUUCUCUUAUGAUCACAGAGAAGUUGGCCAGUUACGCUCUGUAUUUGUAGGGGAAAGUGUGAUGAAAAGUCUUGGGUCCUUGAUGUUGAUCGAAUUCUCUCUCUGCAGGCCUAUUGCACCUCUGCUUUUCAAUCGGGCUAUUUUGCACAUCCUGUCAUGCCUUCUGGUCUCAUUUGGUGUUAUUUCUACUUCUAGAUUUAGAACCAGUCCUAGUAUUUUCAAAGUUUUACUUAUUUUCUCCCACCUGUGUUCUUGGGAAUAAUUUAAAAUUUCUAAGUGGUCCCAAUGUUUUAUUGAGUGGAUUUUAACAGUAAAAGAUCUUUGCAUGCUCACCAGGUCAACAAAUUUUCCAGCUUUGAAUGGGGCUGUUGGUAACAAUAUUCCACCUUAGAGCACUAAUUUCUUAGAGUAUCAUUGUUAUGGCAUCUCUUGUUUGAAAGGUUACAUAACAAGAACCUGUAAUUUUUUCUUGCAGUUGUGAGUUACUUUGUGGUCUUUAUAAGUAAGGUCUUCCAACAUUACCCUUUCUAUCUUAUACAGGCAUAUCUGAUUCCUCAAUCGUCAUCGCUCCUCAACCAACAACAAAUUUUUUUUACAGUGCAUUUUCUUUCAAUGAUAUGAUUUGACUUACCUGGUUUCUGUUUUGAUACUUUUGUUUUCAUAUUGCAGUAAAUAUGAUAUUUUCUGUGGCCCACUGAAAGACUUUAUUAACGUCAGAUUGGAGGUUUGCCGUGUCCUUUAUAUUGUCUACUUGUGAAAAUUCUCGUGUCAUCUGCAAAGGAUGAUACUGUGCUAUAGUUUAUAUCCUUCUCUGAUAUAAGGAAAAGUACCAGAGCAAGCACGGUGUCUUGGGGGACUGAGUUUUUCUUGGAAUGAAAAGGGAAGAGGUGCAUUUCCUUCACCUGUGAGGGAGCUAGGUUAUGGCACUGGUCCGAAAGCUGAUGCGACCUAUUAUUUGGUGCAUUAACAGUGAUGAUAGUUUCAGGGAGCCACUGGGACUUAUCCAGAAAUUGGCAUUUCAUUAAAUUUAACUUUUUUUCAGUAAUGUUUAAAUAUUAAAAUUCACAGUCCUAAUCUAUAAUAUUAACAGUCCAGAUGGUAGUAAUGUGUUGCUGAAGUAUAGAUAUAUUGUACUGUAUGUGUAUUGUAUUUUUAUAAAAAGUACCUAAUUUUUUUAUUCAUACAGCCAUCCAUUGAAUAUUAUCUUCAGCACUGAACUGCUUCUUUCACACACAGGUCUUUUGCCUUCUAUUUCCAUCCACCCCCCCGCCAGAUUGCUAUGCUCUCUAAAUGUGUCUAGGCUUAAUUGUCUGAUCUAUAGGAAAAAUAUUCAAAUUUUCCUUUCAAAAGCACCUUUUAAUUUGUAUUGUGCCACAUAUCAGUACAAUGCUAUUGGCUCCCAUUACUUAUCUAGACAUGGUCUGCACUGCACUGGUCACUCAUUCACAGCCCAAUUGCCUACUGCUACUAAUUUAUCAUCAGUUAUCACCAGUAUUUAUUGUACUUAUUGUUGAUAUUAAAUGUUGAAUUCUAA